AUGAAUGAAGAGCGCUUGAAGCACUUGUCUGCCCGGGCCUCUCCAAACUGAUUUGUCUCCCCCCUCCUUAGUUACAGCUAUUGAUCGGUGCGCGAUUACCCCGUGCUCUAUCCGCACCCCGCAAGUUUGGCCACAGUGUUCUCCAAACUCGGCCUUUCUCUUCAUUUCUUGAGGGGAUUUAGAGCCUAGCUAGAGUUUCCGGAACUUUCGAAGACAGAUCUCCAUCUUUAGUUUCAGUUUUUAAUUAUUCCAUCUAGAGGUUCUGGAGUUUUCGUAGACGUAUUAAUUUGUGGUGUUUCCUGGAUUUCUAGAUGACGUGUUCCAAUUAGAAUGUAUUUAUCAGGUGAUUAGUGGAUCCUGUUUAACCCCCAUCUUUAGCUUGAGUUUUUUAAAAUUAUUCCAUCGCACAAAACCUCGGAUUUGCACUACAAGAUGGCGAACUGAUAACUUUCCGCAAAUACGUUACUCAAUUCAGUGUAGUGGUUGAUUUGAAGUUUCUUUAAGCUUUGUUUUAUUUAUAACGAAUGCAAUUCGGUGUGAUUUUUUUUAAAAAUAGCCAUUGGAAGACCGUAACGAUGAGCAGUAUACGUUAUCUAGAAAAGUGUCGUGUCGCAGUGUUACAAAGAGAGGGGUAGGACGCCUGAGCUGAAACGUGCGAGUGCGAGAAACAAACUUUCCCUGAUGAAGUUACUUGGAACUGGAGAUUCAGUCAACAAUAUCAUGAACAGAAAGUAACCUAUAGAGUUUGAUAACAAUAUUAUUGUCUUGAAAGCUAUAUCAACAAAUCUCUGUAUUUUGGACGUUGUGGAACAGAAAUAGACAACAGUACACUCCUACCAAAACUUGUAGCCUCAAACGCCCAAAAAAUAACGCUCUGUCUCUUGAGAGUUGAGGAACUGAAACACUCUAGUAUUUUUAAUACCAAGGAAAAAAGGAGAGCUCGAGUGGGCUCAACAAAGAUGGACUUCAGGCAAGUUCCGCACAAACAAGACAUGACGUCACACCAGCACUCUCAUCACGGAGCAGAAGAUCUUUCCCAAGACAGAUUUCUGCUGUCCUCAACAACCCAAGCCAAACAGUCCGAUUUCAGCGACCCGGACAGUGGGGAUGAGGACUCCAUACACAGCCGGAGACAGCUCGAAGCUCACCACCAUCUCAAACUGGCGGGAACAACAACAACGACAACAGCAACAGCCGCAGCAACAGCCGCAGCAGCAGCAGACAGCAUGAGUCAGUUCGAGGCAAAGCUGGAGGACGCGAUGACGUCACGCGGCGAGUUCCCGCCCGGUUCGCCGUACGUGGACGAGGCGUCGUACUCAAGCACAGACGACUGCAAGGACCUGGCCAUGCUCGAACAGGAGUACCACGGGCACGAGAUGGACGGGAAGACCAAGACCAAGAAAUCGGGCUCCGGUCAAAAGAUCGUGCGCUUGAACAUCAACUCACGCGAGCGGAGACGAAUGCACGACCUGAACGACGCACUAGAUGAGCUGAGGUCGGUGAUCCCUUACGCUCACAGCCCUUCUGUCAGGAAACUCAGCAAGAUAGCCACCCUCCUAUUGGCCAAGAACUAUAUCCUCAUGCAGGCGCACGCGCUAGAGGAGAUGAGGAGGAUCAUCGCCUACCUCAACCACCACUCUUCCAUCAGUGCGGCGGCCGUGGAUGCGAUCCCUUACCCUCACCUGAGCCAGGCUAGCCCUGUGUCGCCGAGAACGCCAGCCAGACCAGGAGACAGGGACUUGCAGUAGCAGCCGCGCAGGGUCCUGACUCAGACAGAUGAACCGAACUGACAGUGUGCGCUGGAUAUUACAUGUAUUAUUAGCGCUGAUACAAUCUCUGGAACUAUGCCCACAUCGGACAAGUUUUGGUACAGAAAAGUGUGGAGAAGGAGAAGGGUGAAUGGGAAUAAAGAAGGACCUUGGGGGAGGGGGGAGGGGGGAGGUUGUUAUUAAAAUUAGAUGAUGGGACUGCUCAAGCUGCAUUAUUGUAUAUCUUUUCCUUCUGAAGAGCGAAUGCUCACUUUAAAUAGAAAGUUAAACUAAUAGUAGAGGUAUUUUUACUCUCCCUUUGACACAAUUUAGACCAUAAGAGGCGGACGUCCUACCCCGCCUGUCAUGGUCAACACGAGCUUAGAUUCGAGGGAUAUAAUUAUCGUCCCAGGAGAAA